AUGACUAGGACUGCCGCUGCUCCGUUUAGAGAUAGCAUAGAUGAUGGCACAGAUGAGCGUUCGCGUCUUGGAGAAGCUCAAGACACUCCCCACCCUCCCCGAAGCCAGAGUCGGAUCAGACCACCGGCGCCCAUUCUCGCCUCUUUGAAUGCAGGCAACGACGAGGGAGGUCUCUCCUCUUCUCAUGAGCAGACGCUCACGCCUUACCUCCUGAAGCUAUCGCUCGUUGCCGGCACCAGCGGGCUGCUCUUUGGGUGGGACACGGGCAUUUGCGCUGGGUUGCUCGUGGCGAUCAAGGGGGAUUUGGGCCAUCCAUUGAGCGCAGGAGAACAGGAGCUGGUGGUGAGCGCAACAACAGUCGGUGCGAUCUUUGGCUCCCUGAUAGCGGGCAGAGCCUCAGACUACCUCGGCCGCAAGCGCAUCAUCCUCAUCGCCGCCUGUCUCUUCCUUCUCGGAUCACUAGAACAGACAGCAUCAAACGAUGUCCCUCAGCUCGUCCUGGGCAGAUUCAUCGUAGGCCUUGCAGUGGGUCAAGCAGCGGCAGUCUGUCCCAUGUAUCUGGGCGAAAUCGCCCCUUCUUCUCUGCGAGGCAGGAUCGUUGGUACCAACUCUUUACUUGUCACAGGAGGACAGGUCAUUGCCUACUUGGUCAAUGCGAUCCUCUUCCCCGUUGCGCAUGGAUGGAGAUGGAUGGUGCUCGCUUCAGCCGUGCCAGCUGUAGUGCAACUCGUAGGCCUGCUGUCGCUAGAUGAGUCCCCCAGGUGGCUCGUUGCAAAGGGAAGGUUCAUUCAAGCUCGCAGAGUACUCAAGAAGAUUUACCCAGGAGCGACAGAGGAUAUGGUUGAGAACGAGGUGGACAGGAUACUGGAGAAUCUGAAGAGGAGUAGGCAGGACGGUCUCUUGAGCCAGCAGGUUGCUGCCACACUUAGGGAAUCUAGCCAAGACCGCCCAACCACUAGCGUCAGGCGCUCAUUGGACAGCGAUGUAGCUGAGACACCUCCGGCUCACUCGUCCAAAGCUACUACCCGCAGCAAGUGGUCUCAGCUCUUCUCGGACCCCACCGACAGGCGAGCCCUGAUCAUUGCUUCUGGCCUGAUGUUCUUCCAGCAAGCUUGCGGAUUCAACAGCAUCAUGUACUACUCCUCCCGUCUACUUCUCAUGGCCGGCCCUCCCUUUGACAAGAAUCCAAAUGGCUUUGCCAGUCUAAUCGCCAUUACCAACUUCAUUGGGACGGUGAUAGCGAUGCGCUUUGUGGACUCAUGGGGAAGGAGGAAGCUGAUGCUUUGGACUACAGCGGCCAUGUCAAUCUCGCUGGCAUUGCUCGCAGGAAGCUUUGCGAUGAUUGGAGAUGUGGGAGGUGUGGUCGACACGACUCCCCCUUCCGCACCUUCAUCAGCCAGCAAUGGUACCAUCUUCCCACCGAGGGUCGCAACGACUGGCCCUUCCUCAACCUCCAGCACAAGCGCGCCCUCGCACUUCUGGCCCCUCCUCUCCCUCUUCCUUAUGAUCCUCUUUACCCUCAGCUACGCCCUCGGCGCCGGUCUCAUCCCCUGGCUCAUCCUUUCCGAAAUCUUCCCCAACCCCAGCACUCGUUCACUCGGCUCUUCCCUCGCAACGUGCGCAAAUUGGUCCAUGAAUCUAGUAUGGAGCGCUUCCUACUUGAGCUUUGUACAGUUAUUGGGAGGACCGGCGGGGACGUUUGGAGUUUUCAGUGUGGUCAGUGCGAUGAGCUGGAUUUUCAGCUGGUGGGGAAUAGUAGAGCUGAGGGGAGUUGAGUUGGAAGAGGUGGGGAGGAGGAUGCAGCAGCAGGAAGGCGGUAGCGUGGGGAAUGGAGGGGGCAGUGCAAGACCCACAAGUGGCCGCUUUGCAAAUACGGAGGAACACGACGAAGAGCGUGAGCGGUUCAUCGUCUCUGGAGAAGACGAGGAAGAGGAUGAAGAGGAUGAGGGGCAAAGAGACGUUCAGCGACCGAGAGGCAGUGCAGAGCGGACGUCCAGGUGA